AGCCUUCCGAAGCAAUGAAGGGUCAAUAUCUUGCUUAUUGGAAAAACCAUUGGAGGCAGCUCCACUAUGGCAGUAUGGUGGUGGAUUCCAAUCAUCUCCUUCGGCAUUGGUCACAUUUUUGCGUGAAGUAGACUCUGAAAUGGGUUCCUUAUCUUUCCCCUGUUUAUUUAACUUCAUUAGUUGCCACUCAAGAGCACAAAUGGCAGGGAAAGAACAGCAGGAAGGGAUUACCAGCAAUAACGAUGGCCAUAUGUCUUCUAAAACUCCAACUAUUCCUCUUCUCACACCUUACAAGAUGGGAAAUUUCAAUCUCUCUCAUCGAAUUGUUUUGGCGCCGUUGACGAGAAUGAGAUCAUACAACAAUGUUGCUCAGCCUCAUGCCAUAUUGUACUACUCUCAGAGAUCCACCAAAGGGGGUCUUCUUAUUGGUGAAGCCACCGGAAUAUCAGAAACUGCCCAAGGGUAUCCAAGAACACCUGGUAUUUGGACCAAAGAACAAGUUGAAGCAUGGAAACCCAUUGUAGAUGCUGUGCAUGCCAACGGAGGGGUUUUCUUUUGUCAGAUUUGGCAUGCUGGAAGGGUUUCUAAAAGCAUUUUUCAACCAAAUGGGCAAGCUCCAAUUUCUUGCACUGACAAGUCAUUGCCUCCUCAAUUUUCAACUAACGGUGUGGAGGUUGACCAUUUUUCACCUCCAAGGCGCCUUAGGAUCGAUGAAAUUCCACAUGUUAUCAAUGAUUUCCGAAUUGCUGCAAGGAAUGCUAUUGAAGCUGGUUUUGACGGAGUUGAGAUCCAUGGAGCUCACGGCUACCUCAUUGAUCAGUUCAUGAAAGAUCAAGUGAACGACCGGACAGAUGAAUACGGUGGAUCAUUAGAGAAUCGAUGUCGAUUUGCUCUUGAAGUAGUUGAAGCUGUUGCUAAUGAGAUUGGUGCUGAUAGAGUUGGAAUAAGGUUGUCUCCCUUUGCAAACUAUAUGGAAUCAGGAGAUUCAAAUCCUUCAACACUAGCUCUCUACAUGUCUCAAUCCCUAAAUAAAUACAGAAUUCUGUAUCUCCAUGCUGUUGAACCAAGAAUGAUAAAACCUAGAGAAAAAGCCGAAACCCCUCAUAGCCUUUUGCCAAUGAGAGAGGCUUUCAGUGGCACUUUUAUUGCAGUAGGUGGAUAUGAAAGGGAAGAUGGUAACAAAGCUGUGGCAGAGAACUAUGCACAUCUCGUCGCUUAUGGUCGCCAUUUCUUGGCCAAUCCUGAUUUGCCAAGGAGAUUCGAGGUCGAUGCGGCUCUCAAUAAGUAUGAGAGGAAGACGUUCUAUACACCUGAUCCGGUCAUUGGUUAUACUGAUUAUCCAUCUCUGGAAUCCACACCUUAGAUUUGUGAAGGGAGAAAAUAAAUUGAAACUGUAUAAAGUUUCUACUGUUGUACAAUACUCAUUGAAACAGUCCCCAAUCAAUGCACAUCGUAUAGUUUGAAUAAGGGACUAUGCAUAUAAUCUCCCAACUUAUACUCCUUACAAGAUGCGGAAACUACAAUCUUUCUCAUUUGUAUAGUGACUACAGUCAGAAGUGUAAUUUGUAAUUUCUGUGUGCCCUUUGAAUUUAUGUGAUGAAGAAAAAAAAUAUGUUAU